UUUUUUUUUGUUGCCAAGUUCAAAGUUCGCAGCGAAACAACAAACAAAGCAGAGAGCGAUGUACUAGCUAACUUAGUUUAGUAGUUUGUAAGUAUCAGUUGCUUCUACCUCAACUAAUUUGACGAAAUGACAUCAGCGUUAUCUAAACACACGUUGUUGUUCACGACAUUUAGUCUAGCUUUGACCCGGGUUUCAUACUGCUCAGUUGCAAAUGCUAACGUUAAUUCAAGCAUACCUGCGAUUGCAAAUUAUUUCGGAACGAAAGGCAGAUAUGAGGAAGUAAACCCCUAUCUCAUUAAUGACAUCCUCUCGGUAAACAAAUCCCUUUUAAAACCGGGAUGUACCGAUUGCACUGCUGUUCAUGUGACCGCCAUAAUUCGGCACGGAACACGAUAUCCAACGAUCAAAAAUAUCAAAAGGAUGCAACGGCUUUACGACCUUGUUCUAAACGACGCAAUGAACACCGAUAAAUGGCUGACUGACAUAAAAACCAAGUGGGAAAUGUGGUACACUGAAGACAUGGAUGGCAAGCUUGUGGAAAAGGGGCGAGAUGACCAUAGGCAUCUGGCUGUCAGGUUGGCAACAUUCUUUCCAUCUUUGAUGUCAGAGGAAAACCUCAGGCGCCAUCGUAUCCGUUUCAUCACUAGCUCCAAACACAGAUGCGUGGACAGCAUUGUCGCUUUCCAAGAAGGCCUACUCAACCUUUGGAACGUAACAGAAGUUGGACCCAGCCACGAAAUCAAUGAUGAGUUGAUGAGAUUCUUUGACCAGUGCAAAAAAUUUGUUGACGAUGUGGAGAACAACAAAACUGCCCUCGAAGAGGUCCACCUCUUCAAGGCCUCAGCAGAGAUGAAAAUAGUGCAGAUGAAGAUGGCUGCCCAACUGCAAGUUCCAUACAAUCACAUCACACCAGAUCUGGUGGAGGCUGCAUUCUUCCUGUGCUCAUACGAGUUUGCCAUCAAAUCUUUGAACUCCUCCUGGUGCAACCUGUUUGAUGAGACUGACGCCCAAGUGCUGGAGUACAAAAAUGACCUGAAACAGUACUGGAAGAGGGGCUAUGGUCAUGACAUCAACCGCAAGUCCAGUUGCGCUCUUUUUCAUGACCUGUUCAAUCGCCUUGAUAAGGUUGCUCAUGAGAUCAGGUUUGGGCAUGUAUCUGAGGCUGUGACCAUUCAGGUGGGCCAUGCCGAGACCCUCCUGCCCCUGUUGGCCCUCAUGGGCUUUUUCAGAGACGAGACGCCCCUGACCGCCGACAACUUUGACCUGCAACAUGGCCGCACCUUCCGCACCAGCCGCAUCGUGCCUUACGCAGCCAACUUGGUCUUUGUGCUGUAUGACUGCAGUGAAGGCCUCCGGCUGCAGUUCCUACUCAACGAGACACCUCUGAAAUUCCCUGAUAUAAACCACCAGGCUCCUCUGUACAAUACGGUCAGAGAGACCUACAGAGAGUUGCUGCACGGCUGCAAUUUCGAGAAGGAGUGCGAGCCGUCCAGACCCAACAGAAACUGUGAGCUGUGAGCUUGGGGCAUGUGAAUGUCUGUGUCAUGCAAGAGAGGGUGUUUUAAAGGUUUUGUCUGAACCAGUUCCUUUUUUUCUGGUGUCUUUUUUUUUUAGAAGUAACAGGUUUCACAGAAAGCUUUUACUGGGCCCCCUUUUUCCCCAGGUGUCACUUUAGCACAAGUUAUCAUGAUGCUUGCUUUCUUUUCUAGGGUCAUCCAGGGUCUUAAUUGAAUUCACUCUUUUUAGAGGAGGGAGAGCUUUAUAUUUAUGCUAUUUCACGGUUUCAUAUUGAUUUAUAUUAUAUUGCAGAUUUCAGGUGCCUUUUUGUGUUUUCAUACAGUAUGCUUUUUCCAAACGCAGAAAGAAACAAUGAGUAGAAUAUAACGUCUGCCACUGGAUAGAUGCAGUGGGUUGGGUUUACUUGCUGAGAAACUCUUUGAAAUUGUUUGUUUGUAAAAAAAAAAUGCUCUGUAAUGAGUCAUUUUGUUUGGGCUGAUUUUUAUAUUUGCACUCAUUUUCAGAAACAUUUACUCCAAAUUUAGCCUUUUUUAAAUAUGGACUCAACCAUCUUUGGACUGCAUUGUGAACAAAAUAUACAUUUUGAACAAUAAGCUUUUAAUUUGGGGUUACCUUAGCUUUAUUUAAUUAUUUUCUACAUUGUCAUUUGAUUUGUUUGUGAAAUAUUUCAGAUUAAAGUAAAUGCCUUGA